CGGUGCGGCCGGGCCGGCCCGGCUCGGUCCCGGUGGUCCCGGUGGUCCCAGCCAUGUGUGACCCCCAGUCCCGCUUCGUGGCCCGGGCCCGCCGCCGCUUCGCCAUGACCCGCGAGUGCGCCGUGCUGCUGCCCGGAGUCUGCGCCGCCCUGGCCGACCCGCGGCAGCCCGGCCUCGACGACACCUGCCUGGAGAAGCUGCUGGACUGGUUCCGCAGCCUGACGUGGUUCGAUCCCACUGUGGAGCUGGUGCGGGACAACCCGUGUGUGACAGAGCUCAUCAGCUCCGUGCUGGCCCUGCCGGACCCCAGCCCCAGCAUCCUGGCCUUCACCCUGCAGUUAGCCGGGAUCCUCGCCUCCUCCGAAAGCCGCUUCCAGCACCUGCAGGUGAGUCAGGCACCCAGGUACCUGCUGCUGUCUGUCUGCUCCUUCUCUAUGGACAGCCCCUAAAAACUGUCCAUACAGGUUCUGCUUAGUAAAUUUAGGGCUUACUUGGAACAACUCAGCAAGAGUGAUUUGACAGCGAAGAGCUACAAUCACCAUUCCUGUUCCAUUCUCAUGUACAGCUGCUUCUCACUUCUGUGUCACCACAACGGGACUGUGAAUGCUGAUGUGUAGUGCUUCCAUUUUUAGUUCAAAACUGUAUGGGGUAACCCAGCUCUGGGUUGGACUCGAUGAUCUUGAAGGUCUCUUCCAGCCUUGUCAUUCUGUGUGUUCUGUGAACAUUACUUCACAGCAGUCACUACACAGUACUGUAUCCCAGGACAGAUCCUGUAGAUUUACACUGCACUAACAGAUCUUGUUUUCCCUCCGUAGUAGGUUGACAGGAAAGUUUUGUUCCCUGCAAAAACAAGGGAGCUUUUUAAAGCUGUGCUUCCUGCACC